AUGGCCCUGAGUAUAUGUCUCUGUCUAUGUCCUCAAUAUGGGAAGGUACCUCAGGCAGCACAGAGCCCAGGGAAGGUGGCUUUUCUUCUGCCUGGCCAGACCUCGGCAUGCCCUUCCCCUGAUGAAGCUCUACAGGCCACGCGCACCGCUGUGAGGGCCACCUCCAGACAGGAUAUGCCCCGCCUUCUGUGUCAUCCUAACCACACCCCUAUUGUGGCAUUCGGGGCCACUCCGGUGGGCGUCACCAUUCUGCCUCCCAUCACUGACACCAGCCAGAAGGGCGGGAAGCUCCUUCGGGAAAUUGCCGUUUCCCAACAUGCAAUACAGAGACCAGGGAAGGUGGAUUUUCUUCUGCCUGGCCAGACCUCGGCGUGCCCGCCCCCUGAGGAACCUCUACAGGCCACGCUCCCCGCUGUGAAGGCUAUUUUCAGACAGGAUAUGCCCGGCCUUCUGCUUGAUCCUAACCACACCCCUAUUGUGGCAUUCAGGGCCAGUCCGGUGGGCGUCACCAUUCUGCCUCCCAUCACCGACGCCAGCCAGAAGGGCGGGAAGCUCCUUCGGGAAAUUGCCGUUUCCCAACAUCCUGAGACAAAUGAGCCAGUUGCGGAAAAUGAAAAACAGGCUAUCAAAAAGAAAAUCAGUCUGAGGAAGAGGUAAGGACACAAAGACUAAUUGAGAUAAAAAUAUAGAGGACAUUCAUGUAUCUAUUCAAAUAUAUUUAUAAUUUCUGUUAGUAAUGAGAGGGUGAUCUGGUAAAUAUGAUGGAUUACUGCCAAAGCUCCCAUGUAACUGGACUCUUACGUUUUUUUGACAGAUUUGUUCAAUGGCUGCGUAAACUGACAUGUAUGUCAAAGUAAUGGACAGCAGCCACACCUGCACACACGUGCGCACACACACACACACACACACAC